AUGGAAGUGACUGGCCUCGCUGUUGGUGUUGUCGGACUCGCUGGUCUCUUCAGCGUUUGUCUAGACUCACUUUCAAGAUUUCAGUCUUACCGCGAGUCGAAUUUCGAAACCCAUGUCCUGGAUACGCGUUUCCGAGCGGCUAGGGCGCGAUUUGAGCAGUGGGGUAUCAGCGUUGGAAUCUCCAAUGGGAGACUACAGCCGGAUCACCAUGAUGGACUCGAUAACAAAGAGACGGCGGCUCUGAUUGAGAGUAUCCUUCAAAUUAUAGCAAAGACUAUCUGCGAUAAGUCAAUUCUGCAAAGAACUCACACCAGACCCCGAUUCCAGAGCGGGCAAUUUGGAGGCCUGUCGCAGUCAAGAAGCGAGCGAUUGAAAUGGGCCCUCGGGGGUAAGGAGAGUCGCAACGAGCAGGUCGACAUCUUCGAGAAGCUGGUGCAGCAGCUUUAUAAUCUGAUUUCACCAGAGGAAAAAAGCCAAAAUUAUAAAGGGCUGGAGAGCACAGCAUGGCGCGAUGUACUCGCAUGGUUGGGAAAAUCACCUCCAAGCGACAAAUACGAGGAUUCACUGAGUAAGCGACUUGACACAACAUGCGAAUGGAUAUUUAACCGAUCCAAGUUCAAGUCGUGGCUCUCGCCGGCGGAUUCAUCCAAACCAAGCUUGCUCUGGAUAAACGGGCCUGCAGGAUUCGGAAAGACCGUUUUGAGUGCUCAUAUCGUUCACCGUUUAUCUGAGGCUCUAGAUACACCAGUGGCCCAUUUCUUUUUCACAUCUGAUCAUGAAAGCCGAGACGAUCCAUUCGCUGCUCUGAGAUCAUGGCAGUGCCAGGUUGCAGCGAAGAAUAACGAUGCCUUUGAGUGUAUCCGUGGGGUCUGGGAGAGCGACUCCUCUGAGAAGGCUUCUCGAAGAACUAUUGUUGACUUGUUCAAGCAGGUGAUCACAGCAGCACCGGGUUGUGUAUUCAUCGCAGACGGAUUGGACGAAUGCUCUCAGUUGGGUAACGGAGACACAUCGGUUGCCAGACUUUUGCGGGACAUCAUGUAUUCUAUACAUGACGCCAACGUCAGGUUGUUGCUCAUCAGUCGAGACGAGCCAGAAAUCAGAGAAACCCUCGAAGAGAAUGGAGAAAUCCUGUCAGAAUACAGGAUCGGUACAGACGAUGUUGGGGCCGAUACAGCAGCCUUUUCCCAAUCUGUAGUUGAUAAAAAGCUCUCUAACAAGAGUGAGGAUGUCCGACUAGCUAUCUCAGAGACUAUGGCAGCUCGGUGCGAAGGUCAGUUUCUGUGGAUCAAGAUGCAAGAGCAGUCUUUGCGGAAUGGCAUGAGCAAGAAACGACUCUGUGAAGUGGUUGAGAAUACACCUUCCGGCCUUGAUCGCCUAUACGAUCACAACUGGAAGAGAAUCAUGGAGAUGCCCGAUUGGGAUCGAGACCGGGCUUUUGCCCUUCUACGUUGGUCUGCAUUCACAUUCCGGCCUCUUACUGUCUUCGCGGUGACCGAAGCUGUUCUAAUCACUCAGUUUCAAGAACUUGACCCUGACGAGUACCCCGAGAAUGUCAACGACGAGUAUAUCAGAACCGAGAUAAUAGGACUCUGUGGACCGCUCCUGGAAGUCCACGAUCACUCACAGCAUUCAUCACCCGGAAAUCGGACACUUAAUAUACCGCAUUUCUCCGUGCGCCAAUACCUUGUUGAAAAUCUGCCAGCACCCGCAUGGAUGCAGGCAAACGACAUACUGAACAAGGAAUACGAAAGUCUUCACCACACAGCUAUAGCACGAGCCUGUGUUCAGUAUCUGAGUUUGCCGCAAGUUUGGGAAAAGGAUGGUCAACACGGUCCGUGUGUUGGAGCAUUCCUUCUCUAUGCCGCUUACAAUUGGAUGCACCACGCCAGGAUGGGCUUUAUGGAUCCGUCACUUCUUGAACUUUCGAAAGCCUUUCUGCGACAAGAUAAGGCUCCUUUCAAGUCCUUAAUUAACUAUAUUGCGGACCCCGAGGACAUAAGCUUGGCUAAGAAAUCAGUCUUUCAGCCGCAGCUUCGCCCUUUUGAAUACGUGCUUUACGGAGGGUGGAUAAACAUGGCAGAUCAUCUUAUUGACGAUGCUGAUGUCAAUGAGAUUGGUGCUCUCGGGCGAUCACCUAUCUUUUCGGCCUGCCAUUCCGGCUCAGCAGAAUCAGUCAAUUUGCUUAUUCGACGCGGCGCUGACUUGAGCAUUACUGACUCUCAAGGAGUGACAUGCCUUCAUAUAGCAGCCGCCUGUGGUUUUGAAGAUAUUGUUAGGAUCUUGGUGGAGUCAAAAGUUAAGUUGUCACCACAGGAUCAUAGAGGCCGCACACCAUUACAUCUUGCUUCAACAAGAGGUCACAUCAAGUGUUACCAAUAUUUACUCGAGCAAGGAGCCGAUGUCAAUAUCAGAGAUAAAUGGGGUGGUAAUGUUGUACACUACGCAUGUAUUCACGGCCAGGCUGAGCUACUAAGAUUCAUCCUUCGGAAUGCGCCCGACAAUUUUGCAACCGAUCAUUCUUACAGAUUAGCCUCGCCACUCAUUCUUGCAAGUCAGUCUGGCAAUGUAGAUAUGGCAAAGCUUCUUUUUGAGCAUGGGGCAGUGUCGUCCUUGUUUAUUACCGAAACUCUUGGUAACCUACCACUUCAUUAUGCAGCAUCCAAUGGCCAUGCUGAACUUUUAGGACUAUUCCUAGAGCAUGGUGUAGAAAAGACACUGUCUGUUUCGAAUGCGGCUGGCCACACGGCACUUCAUCUUGCCUGUGGUGGGAGAGAGCGCGAUGGAAUUAUCAGUCUUCUUCUUCGCCCUGGAGUUGAACAGUCGCUACUAACGGGAGACGAGGAGGGGGACACACCACUGCACGUGGCGUCUGCAGUAGGAUACGUCAGUUAUGUCAAGUUAAUACUUCAGUACUCAGAGCCAGAGCACCAACGUCUCCUAGAAAUGAGGAACAGGAACCUCGAGACGCCUUUGUUUAUUGCGUCAUACAACGGGCACACCGAGGUAGUGAAGACACUACUAGAGCAUGGAGCAGAAACUACUCUUCAUGUCCUCAACUGUCACAAUAUUAGUCCUUUAUGGGCAGCAUCAUUCAAUGGCUCUAGCGAAAUUGUCAAAGAACUACUCUACCACAGGGCAGGAAAGACCAUUACAACUCCUUAUUUAGGAGGUGAAACGCCGUUAUAUGCCGCCGCGACCAAGAACCAUGCCGAAGUAUUGAAGCUCCUUCUGGAGGUCCCUGAUGUCUCUGUUAAUCAAAAGACCACGUAUGGGUUCACACCUCUGUUCAUCGCCUCAAGAAAUGGAUAUCACGACAUAGUAGAGCUACUGCUCUCUACAGAUUCGAUUGACAAAGACAGCGAAAGCUGGCUGGGCCUGAGCCCCUUAUUCGCAGCAGUGGCUAAUGGACAUCUGGAAGUUACAAAACUCCUCCUCUCCAAAGGAGCCCAUCUACAACUCUCGGUCAGCAUUGGUCGAGACUUGCUCUGGUGGGCUCAACGUUCAAACAAACCGGACCUGAUACAACUACUGAAAACACAAGAAGCCAUCACCGGUACCGCCAGUGACUCAUGCAAACCUCUGCCUGGUCCAUUCGCCAAUAUCGAGCCUCUAUCUCGCAACGCGAAGACUAUGAACGAUAUUUUCAAUGUCAAGAGUGCCACGAUUCCUACAUGUUUCUCUGCUCAGAAUGCUUUAGUCGAGGGUUUCAUCUAUGUCUAA